AUUAUCAGUAUUUUAUGUACAAGAAAAAAGACAAUUAUAUAUUAAGCAUUUUUUUAAUGCAUUUAAAAAAUUGACUGUCUUGUAUUGAUUCAUUAUAAUUGUUUUUAUGAUUUGUCGUCAAUUUGUAACGUCUAUUACAAUGUCUAAAAUCUUAUCAUUGGACUUUGAAGUGUUUGGAACAGUUCAGGGUGUUUUCUUCAGAAAGUACACUCAGAAGAAAAGUCAGGAGUUAGGUUUAAAAGGCUGGUGUAUGAAUACGGAUAGAGGAACUGUAGUUGGACAACUGGAGGGUGAACAAUCAAAAGUGGAAGAAAUGAAACGUUGGUUGCAAUGUACAGGAAGUCCCCAAUCAGCAAUCGAGAAAGCAAUAUUUAAGAAUGAAAAAGAGAUUAUGCAAUCAUCCUUUACGAGCUUUGAUAUCAGAAAAUAAUUUUUGAAAGUAGGAAAUUAAAUUGUUAGAGUUGCUUUAUUUAUUUGAAUAUUACGAUUUAUUUCGCCAAUAAUGCAAGAUUAUUUUUGCUUUACUCGCACAAUGAGAAUUAUGUUAUAAAUAAAAUUACAAUAAUUGCUCAAUUUAA